AUGGCUCAGAAAGUUGUGAGUAGCAGCAGUGAUGCAGAGGGCAGGCCCCAGGCUCUGCAGAGCAACCCUGCCUGCGGGACGCGUGUCGAGCAGCACGCCAAUGGCUCCAUGGUGGUCGAGGCGUUCUACACUGGGUGUUAUGUCAACGAGAGAGAUGGCAGCUUUGUGAUGACAGUCCAGAUUGAAGGCCCUGUGGCUUCCUACAAGGAGGAGCUGAGGUGCCCAAACCACCUUCUAGCCCGGGAUGCCCCGAGCCCUAGCGUGUGCUCUGCCGUCCAGGCCUCAGCUCGGCUGCCGUGUGCUGCCCCACCCACCACACAAGGCGACUGUGAAGAGCUGGGCUGCUGCUACCAGCCCGGUGACAGGCUGACUCCCUGCUACUAUGGAGACAAGGGUGAGCAAAGGCUUUCCUCUGCCAGGCUCCUGCUUCACGGUGGGGGUGGGCAGGGGUCCCCAGGCAAAUGGCUCCAGCAGAGGCUGCCGCUCCCUGCUGAGAUGCUGCAUGGCUCUUCCCCAGUGACUGCGCAGUGCACCCCAGAUGGCCAGUUCUCAGUUGCUAUCUCAAGGGAUGUGACCGUGCCACCCCUGGACCUGAGCUCAGUGCACCUGGUCAGCGCUCAUGGCAGCAGAUGUGCCCCGGUGUCUAGGAAUGAAGCCUUUGUUGUGUAUCGCUUCCCACUCUCGGCCUGCGGGACCACUGUCCAGGCAUCUGGAGACCAGCGGGUGUAUGAGAAUGAGCUGGUAGCAGACCGCCAAGUGCUCACCUCCCGUUCUGGCUCCAUCACUCGGGACAGCACCUUCAGGCUGACCAUCCGCUGCAGCUACUCGGCUGAGGACUUCCUCCCUGUGAAUGUUGUGGUCUCCACCCUUCCUCCACCGCCCCCUGCGGUUGGGCAGGGACCCCUAGCCUUGGAGAUGAGGCUUGCUACAGAUGAGCACUACGGCACCUACUACGCAGACCGUGAGUACCCAGUGGUGAAGUUUCUCCGGGACCCUGUGCACGUGGAGGUCCGUAUCCUCCAGAGAACAGACCCGAGCCUGGCUCUAGUCCUGCACCAGUGCUGGGCCACCCCGAGCACCAACCCCCUGCAGCAGCCAGAGUGGCCGAUCCUUGUGGAGGGGUGCCCUUAUGAAGGUGACAACUACCAGACCCAGCUGGUGCCUGUGAGCGAGGCCUCAGGGCUGCAGUUCCCAUCUCACCAUCAGCGCUUCAUUGUCAGCACUUUCACCUUUGUGGACACCACCUCCCAGCGAGCGCUCUCAGGCCCGCUGGGUGGGGAGCACCUGAGUGGACAGAAGAUCUUAAUUUAG